AUGUCUCCUCAACCUCAAGAAGAUCUAAUUCCGGCCAUUCGUAUUGUGCCGCACGUAGAUGGUCCUCGCUCUUUGCGUUUUGACAUCAUCGAGCGGGACGUUCCUGACGGUGUGGUCAUAAAGAUUGGGCGUUUCACAGAUAAGGCACUAGUUGCGAACCGAGUCACUUUUAAGAGUAAGGUAGUUUCUAGAGGUCACGCAGAAAUCUGGAGUGAGGGUAACAAGUUUUUCAUUCGAGACACAAAAUCGUCCUCUGGGACCUUUCUUAAUCAUUCCCGAUUAUCUACGCCGGGUGCCGAAAGCAAAGCAUUUCAAUUAAACGAUGGCGACAUUGUUCAGCUUGGAGUUGACUACCAAGGGGGAACAGAAGAUGCGUAUAGAGUUAAAUCGUUCAUGGAAAAGACAGAUAAAUACAUUCAG